CAUUCGCAACGAGGUCACACUAAGCCCAACUGAAUCCAAUCCGAAUCCGCAUAUUUGCAUCCGCAUCUUGCAUUCCGCCGCCGAGGAAGAGCACCCAGUGGCCAAUCCGAUCCGAUCCUCCGACCAUGUCGCCCAAGUACACGCACGCGAUUGUGGCCAGAAUCUCGGAUGCCCUGCUGGAGAACGGGGAGUUUGACGUGCAGUUGGCGAAGCAGCAGCACGAGCAGUACUGCACCCUGCUGCGGACCAUUGGCUUGGAUGUGAUCGAGCUGCCGCCGGACGACCAGCUGCCCGAGGGCGUCUUCGUGGAGAACAGUGCGGUGAUCUGCAAUGGAGUGGCCUUGAUUGGCAGAUCGGAGCACGCCAAGCGACGCCGCGAGGCCGAGAGCAUGGCCAUAAUCCUUAAAAAGGAGCUGGACAUUCCGGUCAUCGAGAUCGAAGAUCCGCAUGCGCUGCUCGAUGGCGGCGAUGUUCUAUUUACGGGGCGGGAAUUCUUUAUUGGAAUAUCCGGUUUUACGAAUGAAGAGGGCGCUCGGGCGGUGGCCAUGGCCUAUCCAGAGUAUCCUGUCACGCCGAUUCGGGUGAAUGGUACCAAGAGGCUGAAAUACUACGUGACCAUGGCCGGACCGGAUGUAUUGUGCGUGAGCAGUAGCCCCACCUGCCAGGAGAUCGUGAAGCGUAUGGAGCGGGAGGCGAGCUUCACCUACCAAAAGCUGACGCUGCCCGAGGAGAGUGCGGCCAAUAUGCUGUACAUCAACGGAACGAUCGUCCACAGAUCGCCGGCAGAAAUUCCAGUAGCCUACAAGACUUUAAAAGAGAAAAUCGACAUUCCAACACGCAACAUAGAUAUAAGCGAAUUUAGCCAAUACUCCAGUGGGUUGACCUCGUCGUGUUUGUUACUGCGACGCUGGAAGUCCAUACGCAGCUUGUGAAUCUCUGGAUGUCGGGGGGGAAUCACCUAACCGGAGUGAGAAUUGCCAUGAGAAACAUGCACAACGCGCCCAGUGGAGCGGGAUAGACCUCCUGCUCCUGCCAGGCAUCAGCAAUAUCGUAUUAUCUUAUUAUAGUUUAUACACAUCUCUUGUUAUUGUUACACUUUAAGAUUAAACCUCUAACGCUAAUCAAACUGGUUAUAAUGAUAAUGUUACUGUCCAACUCUGCGUUACUUUACAUGUUGUAUACUCUAUUCAGAGUUGGAAGGUGGCAUUAUCUUUGCGGAGAUAAUCAGCAUUCCUCACUCACACUCCAUGACGAUGUUGAACAGAUAUCAUUGUAUUAUUAUGAUCGAAUUGCUAUUAUAAAUCGUAUCUACUUUACAAGUAGUUUGUUGAAUGUGUUCAGUGUCUGUCCUCGAAAUAAAUGCAACAUUUGUAAUCUCUUUAUAAACUCUUGAUAAAGUGA